UUCAAACCCAGGCUGUCUCCAGGGAUAGAGCCUUUGUGCACCUACUGUGUGCUGAAGGUAAACAGCCUUAAGCGACUGAGUCCGCUGAGGCACCACACAACCCAGCAAAUAAAGCACUCAUGGUUUACUUAGAGAUUUAUUGAGUGCCUAAAAUGGGCAGGCCCCUCAGCACCAGAGGGCAGGAAAGGUUCCUCUCUUUCCCUUAAGUCUAAGUCUGCUUGAGGGCGUCUGCUUCCCAGUGUGGGUCCAAAUUCCCGGAAGCUCCACCUGAUCUAAACAUGUUGGAUAGGCUCUGGAGGUCGACCCAACCUAGACAAAACGCGACAGGAUCUGGGGCGGGGACGGGGCGGAAUCCUCUGGAGGAGGGGCCUGCGCGGCUAAAGCAGUAACGUACGGGCCUCGGGCCUGGGCCUCCACGGAGCUGAGUUGGGGCGGUGAUGCAGAGGACCAGAGGCUGGCCACACGAGGCGGGUCUGGGAAGAAGCCGUGCCAACAGAUCCAGCUUAGCUCAGCAGGGGCGGAAGCCAUAGCAGAGGCGGCGCUGGCUCAGUGUUGUGACGCGCAGAACCAGGGGCGGGGCCUAGGCGGGGAAGUUCCCUUGCCGGCGGAGGGCCUGACCACCUCGGGAGAUUUAGGACUAGGAAGUGUGCGGUGGAUUGCGAUGGCUGCAGUACGUCCGCCGCACCGCUGGGGGCCAGCGCGGACCGACCGAAGAGUCUGAGCGAGAGACAGUGGGAUACCGAGCCGUGCGGAGCGAGGACGCGGGACAUCCCCGAGCCCGGAAUCAACAUCCCAGCAUGGCUGUUAUUGAUAGGAGGAGAGCCCUUGUAGUCUGAGGAGAUGCCACUGCUUGAAGACUGGCCUUAAUCUCCAGCCUGGCACUGAGCCACCUGCAGCCUAACAGGAGUUAACCUUGGCUCCCAGCCUGACUCAGCUGAGCCUGGAUCCUACGAGUAGGCAAGAGCUCACUCUGAGCCCCUGGCCCAGCUACUCUGACCUCUACCCUAGACCCUCUGCACUGGAUGGAGCUGAUCCUGAGUAACAGCCCAGCUAAACUGACUCUGGGUCCUGCUUGCCAACCAGAGUUGACCCUGAGAUUCAACCUGACCAAGCUAACCCUGGAUCCCACACACCAGCCAGAGGUGACCCUGAGCCCCAGGCUAGCUGAGCUGACCCUGGAUUCCACAUGCCAUCCAGAGAUGACCCUCCGUCCUGACCCAGCUGAGCUAAACCUGGAUCCCAGACACCAGCCAGAGGAGACCCCACUCCCCAGCCUGGCUGAGUUGACACUGGAGCCUGUGCAUUGUCGACCUGAGCUCCUGGAUGCUUGUGCUGACCUCAUCAAUGACCAGUGGCCCCGCAGCCGUGCUUCUCGCCUACACUCCUUGGGCCAGUCCUCAGAUGCCUUCCCUCUCUGCCUGAUGCUGCUGAGUCCUGGUCUUACCCCUGAAGCAGCUCCCAUUGUGGUGGGUCAUGCCCGUCUAUCACGAGUGCUAGAUCUGCCCCAGAGCCUCUUAGUGGAAACAGUGGUGGUGGCCCGAGCCUUUAGGGGCCGUGGCUUUGGCCGCCGUCUCAUGGAGGGCCUGGAAGUCUUUGCUCGGGACCGGGGCUUCCGUCGGCUGCACCUUACCACUCAUGAUCAGCUGUACUUCUAUGCCCACCUGGGCUACCAGUUGGGUGAGCCUGUUCAAGGCCUUGUCUUCACCAGCCAACGGCUGCCCUCCACCCUGCUCCGUGCCUUCCCAAGGGCCCCCUCUUCCCGGCCAUCCUACAAAGUCCCAAGCCUGACUGCCCAAGCAGCCCCAAGGGGACCUAAGGGGCCUCCAGUGCCACCACCCCCUCCCCUGCCCCAGCCCACCUCACCCUCAUCUCCAGGAGGGCCCCUUCCACAAAGCCUGCUGGAGACACAAUACCAAGAUCUCAGGGGAUGCCCCAUAUUCUGGAUGGAAAAAAAUAUCUGAGGGCCCCUUGGGACAAAGCACUGCCCUUCUGAGUCACUGGACUUUUCAGAACAAUACCAGCCUCAGCCCACUGACCAUAUUUCAUCCCUUAACCCCUGUGGGCAGCUUUAGCCUGGGUAUGUUUCCUGGGUAUCAGUGGGGGGCUAAAUGGGGUAGCUCCUGUAGCUCUGGCUUAGAGUCAUCAGUGUAGCUGAAUAAAGGCUUCUGUUGA